UAUAAACUAACCUUUUUUCAUAGCUCAAAAGUGUAGUUCCAAACUCAUCACAACUUUAGGGAAACAUAACAUGGAGGUUGUGUUACCAUUAUCCCCCGAUUUCGACUUCAAUUCAUCAUCGGUCUAUGCCAACGCACCACCAACUCCUAAACCGAUGGGCGACUACUUCUUUAGUGCACCCACAAGCCCUUCACGACUCACCGAGUUACAACUCGAAUUUGAUGAGCUCUUGAUGCUAGAUGACACCAAUCGAACCAACUCUCUCGCCGCCGUUCCUUUUGCAUGGGAAGAAAAACCGGGUGUUCCUAAAUCAUUUAACAACAAAUUCUUUGAAGAAAAUUUUGCAUUUGAUGUUAGUGGUGAGCUUCAUAGAGAAGAUUCAUCAGCCUCCGCGGAAGAUCUGUUUCGCGGUGGUGUGAUAAAGUCGGUUGAAAAAGAGGUUUUGCAUGGUUCUAUGCAAAACCAGAAUGAUAUUAUAAAAAGAGAUAGGGGGAGAGAAAGAAACACUUCUUCUAGUACUUUACCUUCAUCAAGAAGUAGAAGAACAAGAUCGUUACCACCGGCUUUAGAACAACCACGGGCACCCGUAAAUAGUACGACGCAUACUUUGACAUCAACUUGUAGUACUCUUUCGGCUUAUGGGUCGGGUAAAGGGUCGAAAAAAUGGAGUUUUAUGGAUCUUUUCUUGUUUAGAAGUGCUUCGGAUGGUAGAGCCAUGGAUAGAGAUCCUUUGAAGAAAUACUCAUCUAUUUUUAGGAAACAUGAUGAGGAUUUUAGAAACUCGAGUAAAAGAUCGGAUCGGUCUGGGUCGGGUUCAGGGUCGUCUAAAAGAAGGGGUCGGGUUUCGGCUCAUGAGGUUCAUUAUAAUGUGAACCGGGCGGUUUCGAAUGAUAUGAAGAAGAAAACUUUCUUGCCAUACAAGCAAGGUAUUUUGGGAAGAUUAGCCUUUAAUCCAACCGUUCAAGCACUUUCUAAUGGAUUUGGGAAUUCUCAUAAAGAUUGACGAGGAGUACGUACCUGAAAAUAUAUAUCUCUUGGUUCUAUAUAUACAUGUUAAUCAAUCAGUGAAUUUAUUUGUUAUUUCAGUUAUUUGUAAAGAGAACUUUUUUGUUCCAUGAUUGAUGUGUUACACAUCAUUUAUGUCAUAAUGAUCAACAAAUGUUCAUAUGCAACUAGUAAAAUUUAUUUUA